AUGCCAUUCUACGAGCUCGUUUGCAUCGCUGCCCACAACCGGGACUACAGGCACAUCAAGGAGCUCGUCAGGCGGUCGGCUUUACAUGUUAUGGAUGGUGGAGGCGUCGUGCGGGGCUUCCGGUACUGGGGUCUGAAGACGUUGCCGCAGACGGUGCACAAACAAAAGGCGAUUCAUACACAUGCAGACUAUUGGACGAUGCAUUUUGACGCCUCGCCGGAGAACCAGCGAGGGUUAUUCAAACUGCUGAAGAAGGACCCGGCAGUCGUGCGCGCUUCCAUGUUGAAGAUGGGAGAAAACCUCCGAGGCGUCUCGGGCGGGCCUGAGCGCACUAUUCUACCUACCCACAUCGUUCCGACCGCAACACUAGGCGCGAAGGGCUUGUGA